AUGGUGAUGGAGUUGGUCCAGAAAUGUCGCAUUGCAAUUGGCACAAAUCUUUUGGUGAUAGUUGUCUUCAACGCCCAUGCAGCAACCCUGAUACUCUGUGUACUGGAAUCUGUGGUGGUUUUGUUCAUCCUGCUUCUGCUGAUCGCUGCUAUCACUCUGGCACGAAGAGACCUCCUGUGUUUCUACAUGAUCGGCAUGCUUCUGCAUGGAUUGGCUCGAGUUCUGGUAGGAGCAGUUGCUGCCUUAACGGCCAUAUAUCCACGAGGUUUUAUACAAGCGGCACGGAAGGGGCACCGAAUAACAUAUAAAAUGGCACGAGUGGUCUGGGCAUGCAUCUCAGUGAUCAGCAUUCUUCUCUGGCUACUUGCUAUGACAGCAAUUUACUUUGCACUCCGUUAUCGCCACUACAUUCCACGCUACGGGGCUCGCAGAGAACAUCGCAGAAUAAAAGCACCCGUGCUGGUCUCCGUAAAAGCAGAAACAGCGCCCACCGCUGGCACUGAUUCGUCUACUGCCCCAAAAACCAAAGAAGUUCCGCCAGCAGCCAUUAACACUGCACAGUCACCUUCUGGGAAAGACGCACAGUUAGCUUCUGGGAAAGAGACACAGCAAGCUUCUGGGAAAGACACGCAGAUAGUUUCUGGAAAAGAGCUGCAAAACACAACGCCGCAGAUAAGUCCUAAGCAAUCGGUAAAAGAAAGUGUGCUGGAUAUCGAAGGAGGACAAAAAGGUGAUGGGAAACAAUCCUGA